CACACACAUUCCUACCGAAUCCAGGAUUUCCCGCUAUCGUUUUUCCGUAUAUAAAAGACUUGCCCGCCGAGUAGUUCAAACAUCAGUCUUCCUCCAGUUGACAAAGUGAAAACCUCCUCUAGCUAACGCAAAAAUGUACAAGAUCCUGUUGAUUGCCGCUCUGGUGCCAGCUUUGGUUCUGGCCCAAACUCCGGUUACCCAAUGUCCGAAUGGAGCUCCCCUGCCGGACAGGGUGGACAUCAACGGUUGCACCGGAAGUCCGUGUAAUAUUCAGAACAACGCCCCAAUCAUCGCCCACGGAUGGGACAUUGUAAGCCCGGUCGAUACGGAAUCCUUGACUGCUUACAUCAGCAUCCGUCUGGCGGGCCUGGAGGUUCCAUUCCCGAUCCCGGAAGAACUCGUUGAUGCGUGCCAAGCCGGUACCGCUCCGGGAACUUGCCCGGUAUCGGCUGGACAAUCCUUUGACUAUACCCUGGAUCAUCCCGGUAUGGAACUGCCGGUAGAAGGUGUUACCGUACAGGUUGAAGUCGGUUUGACCGCUGCGGAUAACUCGGCCGUUACCUGUGUGGCCUUUGAUGCCUACAUUGAACCCGCAGCCUCGGUUUGAAUGUUUCAUGGAUCGAUAGA